GUUUCCGUACGGUCUGGUUUGUCCGUAGCACCUCAGAUACCAUGCCGGUUGUAUUUUGAACGCACACAAAUGUCUUUUUUAUUCGUUUUUUUAUAUAUAUAUAUUUAAUUCUGUGAUUAAUAUAUAUCUGCAUAUUUGUCUGUUCAGCAAGUCGCUUUCAUAUUUUGCUAAAUGUGUAAGAAUAACACGUUGACUAGACGAGUUUUCAGGUUUGAGCAGUAAGGUAGUAGUAGUAGUAGUAGUCAGGAUGAAGAUAAAACGACAGAAACAUGCGAAGAAGACGAUCAGUUUCUAUAAAUACAACUUUGGUUUUCGGGAACCGUUUCAAAUACUGAUCGAUGGGACUUUCUGUCAGGCUGCAUUAAAGAAUAAGAUCCAAAUCAAAGAGCAACUGCCGAAAUAUUUUAUGGGAGAGGUUCAGUUUUGCACCACUAAAUGCGCGCUGAAGGAACUUGAGACUCUUUCAAAAGACCUGUAUGGAGCGAAAUUAAUCCUGCAGAGGUUUCAGAUCCGGAGAUGUAAACACAAGGAGCCUGUUCCUGCCUCUCAGUGCCUGCUGUCGAUGCUGGCAGAGACAAAUGCACAUCACUACUUUGUCGCCACGCAGGACAGAGAGUUGACUAAAGCUCUGAUGGAGAUCCCGGGCGUGCCCCUGAUCUACAUCGUCCUCAACACCAUGGUGUUAGACAAACCGUCAGCGUGUUCAGUGAAGCAUGUAGAGGCGGUGCAGCUGGGAGAGCUAGUGAGUCCUCAUCAGCAACAGAGCCUCCAGAGCCUGAAAGUCGAGCAGGGCCUCAGUAAAGACGGUGAGGAGCGGCGGGGCAAGAAGCGCAAGAGAAAGGCAGGCAACCCGAACCCUCUCAGCUGUUUGAAAAAGAAGAAGAAGAACCCAAUGGCACAGCAGCCCAAAAUGACAGAUGGAGAGAAGAAGAGGAGGAGCAGACACAGGAAGAGGAGCGCUGCCGGGCCAUCCGUCAGUGUCAACCCAAACCCCUCCAGUGCUCAGUCAUGACCCAUCUUCUGUAUAUCAGCUCACGUUAGAGUCUAAAUGUAUAAGAAUGUCCACUAUCCAGAUUUUCUAAUCAAUGUCAAAUAAAGAAUUAUCAGUGUUACUAAA